AAAUCACCAUCCUUUGCAAGUUGCAAACCCUGGUCUCCCGUCCCCCCUCCCCCCGUCUCCAAACCACUGUAAAAAUAGAGCAGCUCCUUCAAUGUUCAAACCCGUGACAUCCCCCUUCUCCUUCAUUGUUUAGCUCCUAAAAGGAGCAAUCUUUCCUAAUAAAGACUAUUUCAUUACUCAUAAAUGAGCAUUUGUCCUUCAGUUUUUAGGCUAUUAAUGCUGCAGUUCCAAACCAGCAACUUACAUUACAGAAUACUGGUGUAAGAUUCAAGCUUUAUCUCCAGAUUUGGGUGCCAAAGAGGUGGAGAGAGAACAAGGAUGAAGCUUUUGUGGGUUGGAGUUGUUAUACAACUUGUAUUUGGCAAGCUGGUUAAUGGGUUUCUGGAUUUCAAUGGAACGGAGCUGUCUGAUAUCGAGUCUUAUGAAUUUGGAGUCUCUAAAGCUACUGACAAUCCUGUGAUGGUCGGCCUUACUCUCAUUCAAACUGCUGGUGCAAAAGGAGCAGUAUGUCUGGAUGGAACAUUGCCGGGUUAUCAUUUGCAUCGAGGAUAUGGGUCAGGAGCAAAUAGCUGGCUUAUCCAGUUAGAGGGAGGAGGAUGGUGUAAUAAUGUUAGAACUUGUGUUUACCGCAAAAAGACCCGACAUGGAUCGUCUACUUACAUGGAAAAGCAGAUACCCUUCACUGGAAUAUUGAGUGAUAAAGCUGAAGAAAAUCCUGAUUUUUUCAACUGGAACAGAAUAAAGCUUCGUUAUUGUGAUGGUGCCUCUUUUUCUGGGGAUAGUGAAGAUAAGGCUGCAGAACUGCAGUUCAGAGGACAACGUAUUUGGUUGGCUGCUAUGGAAGAUUUAAUGUCAAAGGGAAUGCACAACGCAAAGCAGGCUCUUCUUUCGGGGUGUUCUGCUGGAGGUCUAGCGUCUAUUUUACACUGUGAUGAGUUUAGUAACUUGUUUCCAAGUAUGACUAAAGUGAAGUGUUUGAGUGAUGCUGGUUUAUUCCUUGAUGUGGUUGAUGUGUCUGGUGGUCGGACCCUGAGGAAUAUGUAUCAUGGUGUCGUGGGCUUGCAGGGUGUGCAAGAUAGCCUGCCACGUAUUUGCACUAAUCAUCUUGAUCCAACUUCGUGUUUCUUCCCUCAAAACUUAAUUGGUAACAUCAGAACCCCGCUUUUUAUUCUUAAUGCAGCCUAUGAUUCAUGGCAGAUACAAUCCAGUAUCGCUCCACCAUUGGCAGAUCCACAUGGAUUUUGGCAUGAUUGCAGGUUAAAUCAUGCAAAAUGUUCCCCUGUGCAAAUUCGGUUUUUGCAAGGCUUCAGGAAUCAAAUGCUGAAUGCGAUAAAAGGAUUUGCAAUGUCUAAACAGAAUGGUUUAUUUAUAAAUUCAUGUUUUGCUCACUGUCAGACAGAAAGACAAGACACAUGGUUUGCAGAUGAUUCUCCCGUCCUUAGAAACAAGCCAAUUGCUAUAGCUGUUGGAGACUGGUAUUUUGACAGGUCAGAUGUGAAGGCCAUUGAUUGUCCGUACCCUUGUGACAAGACUUGCCACAAUCUUGUUUUCAAAUGAUAGCCACACAUACAUGGUCAAGUUAAUUAGCUGAGUAACAUGUAUUAUCCCAUUGGCCAUUUAGCAGAUUUUGCAAAAUUGCAAUUCAAUGGAAAUUGAUAGAAGAAGACAAUAAGAAUGAAGACUGCUGAUGAAUGCAAAUGCAAUCAGCAAGCCUGCUGCAUUCUUCUAUUUGUUGUAUGCUUACCGUGAAAUUUAAGUUUCAUAUAUUGCUUCUGUCCAUUUUUAUUUGAUUAGUGUACUUGUCUGCAAAAGAGUUUCUAUUUAUUAUUCAUGACUAGCAACAAUUGCUAGUCUUCCCCCUAGAGCACUGCCAGAAAAAUUUGUGGUGCCUCUGUUGCUAGUAGCUUUGGGACCAUUUGGAUACCGAGAUUGAACUGAGCUAUCGAUGGUGACAUUCCACGUUGCACAUAGCAAUGAAUCUGGAUCUAAACUAAAGUUGCACCUGAAAACCCAAACUGAAGAUUGUGCAUCCUGUGCUCUAGAUGGCAGGCCGCCUAAGAACUAGGAAGGUCCAAGAGCUGAGGUGAGGUCCCCCCCAGGACCAUCACCCCACCUCAAGUUAUUUUUUCUCA